AACACCGGGACUCGACAAUUCGCGGCUGAUCACUCGGAACAUCGCUCAACAGCGUGUGCUCAGAUUCAAUCCCGAUUAUCACCCUCGAAUAUCGGGUCGAGAACGCCAAUUGCCACUAACGUUCGGUGAGACGCAUAUUUUCACGCUGUGGACGCAACUUCCCGAAACGAACCAGUCGAGAUCGCGCGUUCCAUUUCUGAUAUCGGUUUCCUCCAGCGGUCACUCCCUGCUCCACCGCGACUCGCUAGACUCUCCCCGCGACUUCUACAAUUCCGAUCGAUGUCUCUGUCUUCGUAAAUCGAUCGUCGCAUUGCAUCCGCCACUAUCCGCCUCAUUCAACUCAAUGCGACAGCCUGCGUGGCCUCCCUCUUCCGUGUGCGACAUCAUAUCCGCCUCGACCUCGCCGUGGUAAACGUCUGGUGCAGAACCGGGCGCACGUUGUUUCCACACGGCCAUGGAGCAUGGGGCCUGUAACGUGAUAUACCUCGACCGGCGGGCGCAAGAGGGUCGCGUUGGCCGCGAUGACUUCAAAUCGAUGCAGAGCCCGCCCAAGAGGAGGAGUUCAGGGAGCGAUUCGCUGGGGUACUUCAAACUGGCCCCAGCGACAUCGGCGGAAGUAGUAUCGAACCUCGAGAAUAUCUUGUCGACAUUUCAUGAAGUUCAUGUUUUCCGCUCCGGCGCCUCGUGUCUUGCGAAAGUCGCCCAACUCGACGAUAACAAGGACAAGAAACUCCCGACUCUUGUUCUUAUUGACAUACCGUAUGACGAAGAGCAACGACUUAAAAGACUCUCAAGGGAGCCACGGAUGUUGUCUCCCACGGCCGUGCGAAGAACCACGAACGAGUCGGUCGAGGGCGACGAAUUGUACGGCAUCCACCUCUUAACACACAUCUCGACCGAGAUACACUCGCAGAAUCUCUCCAGGCUCGUCGUACCAGUGGUUGUGCUCAGCGGCUUCGAGCGCGACUGGGGAUCGACGAAUCUCGCGACCUCUUCUGCUCAAGGAUCGUAUGUUCUCAGCGACAACGCGCGGUUGAUGCGAUAUCUCGAUGCCGGUGCAGUCGAUGUGGUAACGAGUCCACUCUCCAAGGACCACAUCCAGAGUCUGGCGGUGCAUGCAUAUCGGACCUAUAAGGAAUUUAUUAGAGAUGAGCAAGGGUUCCUAGCAAAACGACGGGCGAGGAAACGAUCGUGGGUCGGCGUCAGUGAGGACAAACCCUACUCGUAUCUCCGGGAAGCAAUGGUGUCAAACUUGAUGAGUGGCAUCUGCAACCCCGAGGAGGCUGCGGAUUCGAUUGACCCAAGCGACAUCCUAGUCAAACCAGAUCGCAGAACGAAAGUGGAGGCUGCUGUUGGCUCCUGGGCAUUUUCAGCGCACGAAUUCACGGACGAUGAGUUGCUUUACGGCGCACUGGUGAUGCUGGAACAUGCAUUGCAAAUGGAAGAGCUUGCGAAAUGGCGACUGCCGAAAGACGAAUUAGUCGUCUUUCUAUUAGCUAGCCGGAUGGCGUACAACGACUUUGUAUUCUACCACAACUUCCGUCACGUCGCCGACGUGCUCCAAGCCGUCUUCUACUUCCUCCUUCAAAUCGGUACUUUGCCUCCAUAUCCUUACAAUACUCGCCGAUCCUCUGGCCCACCAUCCGCCAUUGCUUCCCUUCUCAAACCUUUCGAUGCGCUCACCCUUCUCAUCUCCGCGAUCGGCCACGACGUCGGUCAUCCGGGAGUCAACAACGCCUUCCUCGUCGCAUUGAACGCCCCGCUCGCGCAAUUAUACAACGAUCGGUCUGUGCUCGAGUCUUUCCACUGCGCGGCAUACUCGCAGAUCCUGCGGCGGUAUUGGCCGGACGCGUUCUCGGAUAUCGACAUGCGGAAGCGCAUGAUCAGCGCCAUCUUGGCUACCGACAUGGGAUUGCAUUUCAAAUACAUGGCCGAUCUCGGGAAUCUGCAGGAGAAGCUGGAUCAUAACGAGAGCACGCUCGAUGGGUGGAAUUUGAAGAUCCUUGAGGAAUAUCGCGACCUAGCGUGUGGGCUGUUGAUCAAAUGCGCUGACAUUAGCAAUGUGGCGCGAAAAUUCGACACUGCUAGGCAAUGGGCUGAAAUACUCACGGACGAGUUCUUUAACCAGGGCGAAAUGGAGAAGGAACUCGAGAUGCCCACGACUCUCUUCGCUCCCCCGGAACGCGACAACUUGACCAAACUCGCCAAGUCGCAAAUCGGAUUCAUCAACAUCUUUGCUCGUCCUCUCUUUGAACAGGUUUCCCAUGUUCUACCGGGAAUGGCAUUCAGCGUCGAGGAGCUCAUCACCAACAAGCAAAUCUGGGAACACAAGAUUGCGGUAGAGAAGGAGCUGCAAGCAAAGCAAGGACCGGCACGAGAAAUGAAGCUAUUAGCGCCUGGCGCCUUGCAUGAAGAUCAUGCCCCGAGCCCCAUGACGCGAAGCCGAGAGAACUUGGCGGAUGUUGCACAGGUCGAUGAAGAGAUAUCGGAUCCGAUGGAGACUGGCGCUCCUUCUCCUGGUGAGAAUGGCGGUACUCCGCUUGCACACUCCUCAAGGGCCCAAUCCAUACCACUCUCACCACUCUCUACCGAACCUCCAUCCACCACAUCCGUCAUCUCCUCUGACCAGGCACCUACAUCAUCCACAAGUACUGAUCAUACCACCCUGCAAAACUUCAUCGUCGAACCUAACCACCUCCCUGAAAGAAUCAUCCAAUCCGAGAUCAUAGACCGUCCUUCCAACCCAUCACAUACCUUUACCCCCCCAACAAAGAAGAAGGAAAGGGGAACGCUAUUAAACAACUCUGCAGUCCCUAACGAGUCACAGGACAGUGAAAAGGAAACCUCGUCCCGUCCUCGCUUCUUCCGCUCUCGCAGUAAGGAUAACUCUCGGAAAAUCAAGGGCAAUCCCACACUCCGUAGCAAGUCCGCCGACCGCAAAUCGCUCCCGUAUCCCGCCACCACCAUCCACCGCCAGCACCCAUCGCACGGGUCUUCGACCUCCCGCCCUUCAGAUUCAUUCACCGACGCCACCUCUAGCCCUCGCCACUUCCCUAGCCACCCGAACCUCCGCUCCAACGGUGACUCCCACUCCGCUUCCCAACCCGAGUCAUACCCACCCCUCCCAAGCGCCCCGAACGCGUACACGAGCGCCGUUAAUGGCAACACCGCCCUCACGAACGGUGUCCCUGUCUCCAGCAACACCGGCCCCGGCGCCGAUGCAAGCACGCAUCGCACCGGCAGCCCGUUUACCGACAGCACGCGGCCGACAUCCCGAGAAUGGAGCGAGUCGGCCGCGCUGACGGACGAAGUGGACGAGGUGCCACCGUUCAACGCUGAUGACGUGAAGCCGUACAGCGGUACCUUUGGUGGACGGGACGGGAACGCUGGUGGUGGGCAGGAUGGAACGAAUGGCGCAGAUUAUCACACGGUGCCGAUGGCUGGUGGGACCGUGGAGAACGGUGAUUGGAAAGGUGGGGAGGGGCUGGGGAAGAAGGGGAGUCGGUUUCAGUUGAAGAAAUAUUGGAAGCGGAAGUGGAAGGAUGCGGUAGGGAUGCAGGGGCAGGGCCAGGGGCCAGUGAGGGAGGGGGUGCAGGUUCGUGGUGGAGGCGGGGAUGUGAAGGGGUGAAGAAGCAGCGAGGAGACGACGAAUUCUAACAACCCUCCUCUGUUCGAGCCGAUCGAACUACCACGAGAACCACUAGCCGCAUGACAAUGGCUCGGAAGCGCGCUGCUCACCUGCCAUCUCCAGUCAUAUAUUUUACCACGACUAUUAUCCGGCGGACGAGCAUCACGACGCGAAUCGAACGGUCCCGCCGAUCCAUCGAUUCUUGUGUAUAUACCUCUCCCCUCCUCGGAUGACACAUGCGGAUUAGCUACCGGGUCGUUUAUCCGCGCAUCUUGCUCUGGUGGAAUUCCCACAGCCUUAAUUGAAUAAUGCAUGUGGCUUGCGUUUCCGCUUGGCGCUGUAUGAUGACGGACGGCUAGGAAUCGCAAAGCAGGUACCAACGGAAGUUCGAAAGCCAUUCAUCGCGGUUCAGAGUCAAUUCCGCGUCUUCUCCCCCGGAUCUUCUCCACACAGUCGGAUGAGCGCUAGA